GGGGGUUUUAACUGACAUUUUCUAUUUUUACCACACAUCCCUGGUAAACCCUGUGGACUGCUUCCUUGUCUGUGGUGAUGUGGGUGUCAAAGAUGGGAGAGAUGAGGCCACCCCGCCCAGUGAGACAGGGUGACACGGACCGUGGAUGCACCAUCUGCCUGAAGCUGAUUCUUUAGGGGCGCAGACUGAGGGGUGCUGAGUGUGAUCUGGGAAAAGGUUUGUGGCCCCUUGCAGCCUCUGGGGUCUUGUCAGUCCGUUAUUAGAAUCGAGGGGGUCUGUGGGGGAGAGCAUGAUGUAAGGAGUAAGUCUUUCCACUGAGGUCUCCAGAGCAUUUUCUAUCAACAACUCAGAGAGUCCCGUCUGUCCCUGUGUCCCAGAAUUGUCCGCCUCAGCUCAGGCUAGGCUGGGAUCUCCUCAGCCCUGUUCUCUUUCAUCUUUGAUCUCUGCACGGCUGUUACUCUCUCUUUUUUAAGUAAUCUCUACAUCCAACAUGGGGCUCAAACUCACAACCCCAAGAUCAGGAAUCGCAUGUUCUACCGACUGAGCCAGCCAGGUGCCCCACUCCAUUUCUCUUGUUGGAGGUCUUACACGCAUUCUCUUUGCCUCGGUCUCCUCUGCCUGUUCCCCUGCCUCGAACUCACCUUCCCCCCCCCCCCCAACUGUCUCUGUCCUCUGGAGCCCACAGUGGUCUCUGGCCUGUGUGAGCCCUCUUUCUCCUGGCUGCCCUUUCGUCUGAGUCCAGGUUAUUAAUAGUCAGGUGUGUCCAUCCCCUUCCCUGCCCCCCGACCAAGGGGAGUAGGGUCCAUGGGGCAGGAUGCAGGAUUUUAGAGUUGCCAUUUCCCAGGCUCCUCUGAUGUGCCUGGCACUCUGAUAAGCACUGUAGUUGCGUUAUUUAAUCAUCACUUGCAUCUUGUGGUGCAGGUAUGACACUUACUUUCACAGGCCAGGAGCUCAGAGGGGUUGCCAUCUGGCCUGUGGUUGCAUAGCUUCAAAAGACACAGAGAUGAAUCAAGGGACUAGAGAGGCACCUGGGGAGAGGGCUUUGGAUUCCCCACAGAGUCAAGAGUUGGUCACGACCUCAGCUUGGUUUUCCUCCUCUCACCCCACAGCCCCCCAAGGCUCAGACAUGCCAUGAUGAGCCCCCUCUCAGGUGCUCAUAAAGGCACCCUGCUAGGUACAGUGUAGACCAGAAUCUGGAUUCUCUGCUUCCGCUUAAGGGGGGGCAGGGGGAUACAAGGUUAUAGCCUCUUAAGGUUCACAUGCUAAAUAAAAGCCUCCCAUUGGAGGCCAAAUUCUUAAAUCACUAAAGCACGCAUUGCUGAAGAACCAAAAACAUCUAGGUCCCUUCUUCACUGAAUGGGGCUGGGUUUCCCUUUGGGAAAACUCCCCCUGCCCUAAGACAGCUCUGUGGGGCGGCAAGAAUGAACCGGGAUGCUGGAUACUUCAGGAUCCGAGGUGGGCAGCAUGUCUUCUAGGGCCUGAGGCCUGAAAUCUCCAGAGAUGAUGACCCUCCCACCAUAUGCCUGGGCACAGGCCCAUGAAAGGCAGCCCUUGCCUCUGCGGAACUCCAGGCCCAUUGGACAGACAUGUCACUUUAGGUGCCAAAGCCACUUCGUAUGGGGUGGGGACCCCAAGUGGCCUCCCAAAGGCAGUUUUGAGUUUCACUUGCUCUGAGCUGGCCGCUCGCGCACUGGUAUCCUCCGGGCUCUAACCCACACUCCUCUGGUCUCCUUUGGCAUCUUGUCCCAUCGAUUUUUCCCUCUUCUGUAGGUGUCUCCGCCAUGCAAGCUUUGGUCCCUAAAGCUUUCAACCCUCCGCCCCCACUGUUCUCUGAAAGACACUGAAAUUACAAACAACUUUGAGGUUUCAUGUACAGGGCUGCUGAACUUUUGUACAGGGCAACAGCUGUUGCCCUGACAACAGUCAUGGUCGCCACAACUUCUAGUACUUCCUCUUACUGGGGCCAAGUGGCAGGUUUCCUUACUCGGGGAGCUUUCAAAGGGGAUCUUCACAUCCCGCAUCACUCAUUUCCAUUCCCUGCCGUCCUCUUUGGAGUCCUCCAAUCCAGUCACACCGGAUAGGGUGACUGUGUUUCCUCUCCAGCGGCAAUGAGAAGAUGGGCCUUGGCCUGAAGGGUUUCCAGAGAGACUGAGGACCCUUGAGGAGCCUGCGUCUCGAAUCUGUCCUCAGAGAAAACGGGCUCCAGCAGGUCCUGUGACUUUGGAGAAGUGAUGCGUGUCCAGUCCGUUCCUUUUCUCUCACACGAUGAGCCUUCUCUGACGCUGUGAGGUCUGGUGGUUUGAAACAAAAGACCUGUGGACAUCCACUCUUACUUGGGGUGGGUACACCUCAGAGCAGACCCUCAGGAAGCAUCCUUCAGUAGCUCAGUGACCGCAUGCUAGGGUUUUGAAGGCCCAGACCGGAGUAGAUGGAGAGAGUGAAUCAACGGGCGAUCACUCGUCAGCCAGACCUGGAAAAGAGAAUUGAUUUCUGCAGCCGAGAAAAUCACUCACUUCAAACCCUCCAGCCACCAUCACCACACACAAUUGCACCCCGCGUGGAAAGCUCUAGAGGGAAGCGCCGGGAGGCCAGGAGCCCUAGUGCCCAUCUGACUGACGGGGCCGAGACUGAGGGGACCAUUAGGGGACUGGGUGUUAGGGCUUCUGGAGAUGAAUGAAAGCAUGCCCUGAAUUGCCAUCGGAUGAAGCCUGCUCUCUUCAGUGUGCUCUGUGAGAUCAAGGAAAAGACAGGGUUAAGCAUCCAUGGCAUUCAAGAAGAAUGUCCCCCCAAUGCUCAGCUCAUGCGGCUGGAUAACAUGCUGCUGGCCGAGGGCGUAUCCAGGCCGGAGAGGCGAGGAAGAGGAGGCCCGGUAGCAGCGGCCAACACAGCAACACCAGGUGGCUGUUCAAAUGACAAUAGCCUUGAACACUCUGACUACAGGGCCAAGCUGUCCCAGAUCCGACAGAUUUACCACUCUGAGCUAGAGAAAUAUGAACAGGCCUGCCGCGAGUUCACCACGCACGUCACCAACCUUCUCCGGGAGCAGAGCAGGAUGAGGCCCGUCUCGCCCAAGGAGAUCGAGCGCAUGGUCAGUGUCAUCCACGGCAAGUUCAGUGCCAUCCAGAUGCAGCUGAAGCAGAGCACCUGCGAGGCCGUGAUGACCCUGCGUUCACGGUUCCUUGAUGCCAGGCGUAAGCGGCGGAAUUUCAGCAAGCGGGCCACGGAAGUGCUGAAUGAGUAUUUUUAUUCCCAUUUGAACAACCCUUAUCCCAGUGAAGAAGCCAAAGAAAGGCUGGCCAGGAAGGGCGGCAUCACAGUCUCCCAGGUCUCUAACUGGUUUGGCAACAAAAGAAUUCGGUAUAAAAAGAACAUGGGGAAGUUUCAAGAAGAAGCUACCAUUUAUACGACUAAAAUGGCAGUCGGGGGCCUGGGGAGCCAGGCUAGCUGCCCAUCGACACCCAGCUCCGGUUCCUCUGGUCCCUUCCCGCUGACCAGUGCCGGGGAUGCACUUGUCACCCUGCAGACACUGGCCUCUCUCCGCCCCGCCCCUGCGGGAGGCAGCUUACGGUCUCAGGCCAGGGGCAGCCGGCUGGGAGCCGCCCCCCCGGUGUUGACCGCUUCCCUGUCCGGAGACCCUGGGAGCAUCAACUCAGAUGCAUCUAAUUAAGUUUGGGGGACAAGCAGGACAGCAGACUGCGUGACCCGCCACAGUUUGCUGGCACUUGACCUUUUACUGCGCGUGCAGCCCAUUAUACCUCAGAAAACCCAGAACCGUUGGGUUGCUGCUGUCCGUUGCUUGCCGGCUGGGAUUCGAAAUGGUCUGAGAUGCUCUCAUUUUCUCGAUUCAGUUUGGGUUUUUUUUUCAUAGUAAUUUUAUGAUAAGACUGUGCAUUGUUUCUUCUAGGACUUGUCACAAUCCUCCCAUUACAACUUUUGACUUCUUUUCACGUUGAUGUUGUUCACACAAGGUUUGUUUCCGGCCACGGCGGUAGCUGGGUGGUGUCCGAGCCGUGAGUCUGUCCGCUCGUUUGUCCCUCCGUGUGCCGACUGGCCCGGACGCCGCCUUCCCCACUCGCUUCUGCUGUAUCAUUUCAUUAUGCUUUUGUUUAAGUCUGUUGUGAGCUCAGAAUUUUACUGGGAAUUGGUUUUGUAUUUUUCUCUGUUAAUAUAAGUUCUUCCAUUCUCAGUUGACGUAUCACUAAAGACAAUAAAUUUCCCAAGUGCUUUCCUGCA